AAGUGACGACAAAAGCCGCAAGGCAAUUGAGCAAUUGAAGGAAGAACGUGGUGGCAACCAAAGUGCCUUUGGCUCCUUCAAUGAGAAGGUAGCUCUUUGGUAUUGGAGUUCUGAUUGAUUGAUUGACUGAUUGGCACAAUAGGCCUUGGGGUUGAUUGCUCCUUCUGGUCAUCUUCUAUUGUUGUUUGGAUUUGACAUUACAAAAGCGAGAAAAGGGUAGAUACCUUCAUUUAUUUAUCCAGACAGAUUCAUCCAGUCUCAAUUCGCAACAAUCAACAUGACAGACGGUCAAGCAACCGCCAAGGCAACGUCCGUAGCGUCCAACAACGGCAACAACAAACCGGUGAUGGAUGCCUCGUGUCGUUCCUGUGUUCGACUGGUCCGAGAAAUCUUACAGAAUCCCACGUCCCGGCCUCGCCAAGUUUUGGAGGCGUUUGCGGGUGGAAUGCAGCAACAACAGCACAAGCAGGAAGAACAACAUCCAUCGUUUUCCUUGAAACCCAUCGAUGAGGGAGUCCAAGUGGACUUGCGAGUCCCUGACGAACCCUGGUCCCUGUUAAAACGAUGGAACAGAAUAGCACCUCCUCCUCAAGAAGAGACCUCACGGAGUGGUGGCUUGACGUUUCCUGCGCCCGUAUUGGCCACAUCGUCGUCCUUAUCCAACACUACGACACCCAUCCGGUACACUACCGAAACGAUUCGAAUCGAAUGUCGUCCGUGCGAAGAGACGGGUCCCGAACAGGGAGCUCGCGCGUUGAUAAUGGGUCCCAAUCCACUGUCCAUUAUUGCCUGUACCAAUCGAUUGGCCGUACACGAUCGCGCCGAAAUGUCCGAAGUAUUGGUCCACGAACUGGUCCAUGCAUACGACGUGCGACGGCUGCGCUUGGAUUUUAGUGAUUGCGAAAGCACCGCCUACAGCGAAGUCCGUGCCGCCCGGGAAGCCGAAUGUUACACCGGUAGCAAGUGGGCACCGACGCUGUUGCAGGAAUUUUGUGUCAAACAACGGGCCAUUGCCGCCACCAAUAAUGUCUUUCCAACAUGGGGACGCAAGUGCGUCCGAUCCGUCUUUGCCGAUGCUUAUAAAGAUCCACGACCGUUUUCACAGGACGAUUUGCGGCAGUAUGUGCUGCGGAGCAAUGAUUCUAUUCCUGAGGGCAACAACCACAGCAGCAACCACCAACGUCAGUACUAUCAAGCCGUGGGUGGGAGUGACAAAUAAUAGAGACGUUGGUAGUACUGGUACUAUACAGUACUAGUAAUUGUUGUACUGUAGCUAUAAAAUGGUUAAACCUUCUAAACCAAAUCAAAUCAAGC